CGCUCUUCUCAAUCCAACUCAAGUUGGUCUAUCCUCAGGGACUUUAAUCACCGCUUUCUCCCACCAAUUGAACUCCAUCUCCCACUCAACCACCCCACUGGUUGUCUUGGCCCGGAAGGCGGGGUGCAAAACAAAGCAGUGAGCUGACAACUCACUGAGGCUAGCUUGAGCCACCAAUGCUCUUCUUACAAGCGAAUUGAUCGUGGACCCUGGCCAAUCCACUUAUCUUCAGGAUAGACAAUUCCCGAGUUUGGCGCUUCAGCUCAUACCCGGCCUGGCGAGCCUGCGCUGUACGGGCAUUCAGCACAUAAGGACCCUGUCAUCACAGUUACGACCGGCCACUCUUCCGAAAGACUCUAUCUUCCGCCGCCAAAGCUACCCCUCGCAAUGAUGCUGCCUCUUAUCCGUCGGUUUCGGCGACUACCACCUUCAUCCAACAACGAGUCGAGCAAUCCCCCCGGCGAGAAUGCACAACGGCCAGCCGCAGAUGAUGUCACCUACUACCCUAACUGUAUGGAUGUGCUAAAGGUCCGGUACCUGCUGCACCACAUCUGGCAGUGGACGAGAAACUCCGACGAUUUGCUGCCCGUUGAGAUUGUAGAUAUGAUCGUGGAUGCAGGCGAAUACUGGGCCUCAACCGAGUCCGUUCUGGAAGGAGAGACGGUGAUCCGAAAGGACCAGGAUCAGGUGCUUCUCACGACGGUACCUUUGUGCUACGAUGUGCAGACGCUAGGUUCCGCCUCUCCCAAGUCGCUGCCGCACCGAACCGUGCACCCGUGCCGCAGGGUUAUCUUCACUAUCUCGUCCCACGAUCAGGGCUGGGGCGGAGGCGCUGGAAGCCGAGGCCAGUAUGGGGGCUCCUAUUCGUGGUUUGACGCGGAAAUCUUGCAUGCAGCCCAUCAACGGCCCCAGCCUGUGGCCCCUGAGGAGCAGGGUCCAUUUGACUUUGGCCCUGACCAUCCUCACUUACUCCCCAAUGCCCACCGGCUACAGUCGAACCGAACUGCCGUGGGAACCUGGCAAUUUCAUACCAUCGUCUGGGAUCAUCUUGAUGAUGUUGCAGCCGACUCGGGCGAGGCGGAGGAGAUUGAACGUAGUCAAGGUCGGGGCCGAGCCACGCUGGAUGGGAGCCAAGUGCGUGCACUGGAGGCUGGGGAUGCGAUUGCGGUUUGGGGGCGGGCACGGUUUGGCGGGUGGUUGAACCACGUGCAGCGAGUGUCGGUGCGGGUGUUUUGGGCGAUCUAG